GUGUGAGAUACUGGUGUGAUGAUGAAGAUGUGAGUUAAGUUCUUCUCUUCGUACCCUGGUUUUAAUGGACUCCUGAGUGGCACCCUCAGAAUGGAACCAGAAGCAGAAGAACUCUCUGAUCACUUGGUCCCAUGGUCUGGUUCAGAUGGAUCCGAAGACAUGGGACAUGAUGAUUUCACAGAGUUCCCCAGAGACCAACAGCCUCUGCACAGGGCAAAGCAUUCAGGGUCACCAGGUAGAGAAUCAGAAGAUGAUCAAAGCCCCUCACACGACAAAAGUGGAGAGGAGGACGAUGUGAUGUACAGAGGGGAGUCAGAGUGCACGAGGGGUUCUCCACCCUCAACUCCGGACGGAGAGAGCCAUGACUCUGAGUCUCCCGCCGGUCAAGAAACACGACCUCACUCUCAGUCAUCGUCCUCCUCUUUUGGGGCAGCCAGUGAUUCGACCCCGGCCUUGACCCCGACUACUGCACGACUUGGAGCAGCUUCGUCUAACAGGAGCAGUGGAUCUUCUGAGGAAGGAGGGAGCAGUGAAGCACCUCCUGCUCCUGUCUUCUUUGGAAUCUCAGGCGGGGGUGCUGAGCAUGCAGAGAAGAGGAACUCGGAGUCUGACACAGAUCUUUACAGACGGGACAGGGAGAGGGCAAGGUGCACACGCUUCAACACCAGUCAAUCAGAAAAGAAUGUCAAGGAAACAAAGUCCAAAUGUAAGCGGAUAGCCCGUCUGCUAACCAAUGCGCCAAAUCCUCAAAACAAAGGAGCGCUGUUGUUUGAGAAACGCAGGCAAAGGGUCAAGAAAUACACCCUGGUGAGCUACGGCACCGGCGAAGACCGGUUUGACUGUGAAGACCAAAUCCAAGAAGAAGCCGAGGAAGUGAGAGCCGCUGCGUACAGCUUCGUCACAAGUGAUUCGGAGCUAGAGGAAGAAUACUCUCUUUACCAGCAGACGUGCCACAGAAGUCGGAGUUGGGAAAGUGUCAGGAGGAUGGAUGCCCUGCCGGAGACAAGAGGCAAAGGGGUGUUGAUGUUCGACCGCCGCCGAAAGCGCUUGGAUGCACUUGACUCGGAGCAGGAGGAGCUCAGGAGUAGAACGCUUCCCGCCGAACCGCUGAGACAACACGACUGUCCCCCACAAGAUACCUAUGACAAAGAGGAGAUGUUUGUGCACUCCAAUCAGAGCAAUUACAGUGACGCCCGACACAGUACUCCGAAAUCUUUGGUGCCCAACCGAACUGCCAAGCCAUUCCUUGGAUUUCAAGUCAGGGCACCUGCUCCCUUCUUGCCAAGUCAUAUUGCCCCAGUCACCAAGAGACCUGAGCCAAGAUUUAAGAUACGAGUGCCAAUAAGUACAAGCCCACAGGUUUGGUCCCCAACUGGUGACAUCAUUGCUUCAAGAGACGAGCGAAUAUCUGUUCCGGCGAUUAAGACGGGCAUCCUUCCAGAGUCCAAGAGGAAAGCGACUCACAAGCAAGCGGUGAAACGAGAAACAGAGCCUAAACUGCAGAACAAAGGCGACAGAAGGUCGUAUAUUGAGCCAGAGGAGGACUGCUUCAGUCUGGGAGCUGAGGCUUGCAACUUCAUGCAACCCAGAACAGUGAAACUGAAGAAUCCCCCUCCUGUUGCCCCAAAGCCUGCUUUUAAUCCAUCCUGCCCACCCUGGACGAAGAACGCCGACGACGAGCCCUAUAUUCCUCCACGGAGUCCCGGGUCGCUGCCUCCAUAUUGCCAGAUGGGCACGCCCUACUCAGAGCAGCAAGAUCUGGCUCAACUCCUGAAAACUUCUAAAAGCUGGGCGCCAGAUCAAGAACAAGCACCUGCCCCGGGUUGGGAGCGUGUCAACAGCUCGUCUCAGCCUCAUCUUGAGCCAUCUACAAAUAGCUGGAGUCAACAGCCGUCGCGCUCCCCUGUAUUUGGUAGAAGUCAUCCGUGCAGUCGGACGAGGCGCUUGAAUUCCGUUCCCUGCGGCAUGAGUCAACCUGGAUCCCAGCUCUCCUCUCCACCUCCGCAGAGGCAAACAUCUUACCAGGAAGCCUACAUGAAGCCGCCGACCCCUUGGGAGGCAGCGUCCAGAAGCCCCCUUGGCUCGGUGGACGAGGCCUUUUUGUUCCAGAGCCUCCCGUCAUCUGUUGCCUCGAAUGUCAAAGCUUUAGGGCUCCGCCGAUCUCUGCCAGAACCGCCGGAAGAAUGGAAGCGCAGGGUGUCUCUUGAUCCAGCACCUGUUGCUAAAGGUCACUAUCGUGCAGCACCAAUGUUCCAGGCCGCAGCCAGCAGCAGGACGUGUUCACCUGAGAAACCAGCGUUCUAUGGGCCUCCAUUUAGACCGGCGCAGCCUCUGAGGUCAGCUGGUCGGUCCAGUUAUGCUUUCACAAGACAGGGGUCACACUACACGCCACUUCACACCGCAUUCCAGAGAAGUUAGAACCAAAUACACAGAUGUUCACCAGUGAGGGGAGCGUUACUUCAUUGAUGCAGAAUUUUGGAAAGAUUUGAAUCAUUCCACCAAAUCUUUUUUGGACAAGAUUAAGUUCUUCAAAUCUUCUUCAAACUUUCCAGGCACAUUUGCCCACCUGAUGCAUUACCUUUGGACUGCGUUAAAUCUGACCAUACAUUUUCAAUUACACCUAAAUCGAGUCACAUCUGUCAAAUGUCAAUAAUUUACAUGUAAAUUCAAUGUAGGGUCUGCUGGAUCUGAUGGAUCUGAUGGACCCAGAGUCGUGACAUCUAAAUCUGUUUUUGCUUUUAAUGCACUUCGAUCCACCAUGUUGACUUACCUUUGACUCUAGUCCCGCCCGCAGCAGACUGACUGACUUUUUGAGUUUCUUGACAACGGAAACCUGCGACCAAUCAGAUGCAACGAUCGAGACAAGCGACGCCAAAUUGAGUUCUGGCCACCCUUGCACUUUCCAAGGUCACUUGGAAGAAGCAUGAAAGUGUGUAAAGAGUGUCGUGACGACAACAAAAUCUAUUUGCUCUGAUUUGGUUAACAACUCAUGGACUGAAUUUUCACCUUAACACUCUGAGCCAUUUAUGUAACAGCUUUCACGUGCCAUUCUUAUUACCUCACACGCUGCUCCUGGCCCCGCCCCUUAGUCAUUUUUUACUGCCCCUACAAUGAGACUGUUUGCCCACCCCUGAGCUGGAACAACCAGUGUUGCCCUGGGUGCUGCUGCACCACACAAAAGUCUGUAUUACUGCACCACAAAAGACUGGUCUGUUUGCAGUGUCACAAAAAGAUUCACCAAAGUGCUCACCAAAUACACGCACAAUUAACCUGCGUUUAGUUUAAUAGUUUGGCGGUUAAUAGUAGUGGAAUUAAUGGCAGUGAACUGUCAAUUUGUUGUCAUUUUGUUGUGUUUUUAACACAAUAUGCACGUGUGUUUCACUUUUUUGUUCCAUGAUUGCAGAUUACUUUGACAACUUUUGUUCACAAAUGCUCAACUUUACUGCUACAAACUGAAUUUGUCAGUGAAAGAUUGAGAGGAAAACAAUGACAACUGGUAGAUUGAAAUGAAAUGAAGUGAAAAUGAAGUUGAGCUGUAGUUUGGGGAUAAAAAAAAGCUUUAGUUUCAAUCUGAAUAUGUUUAUAAAUUAGGAAUUAAACUACAAACUUCAGGAACUCAAGUAAAAAAACAGGGUGCGGACCAAAGUAAAAUCACGAGGGCAGUAGAGAUGGAAUACAAAUAUGACUGAUGAAAGUGUAUAGAUGGAUGGUGAACACCGGGUCAUAUGGUUCAGCUGCAAUCUAUUCUGCUAUUUCUGAAACGUUGAGCUGAACUGAAGUGAAGGCUUCGUUUGCUUGAGUGUCUUUUAUGUGAACAUUCACGUGAU